GCAGGCACAGUGCUGCAGGAGACGUUUGGGAGCACGGUCGAGGUGGUGUUCCCUCACAGUGAAGAGUUGUGCUACUUUAGCAUUAGGUGUCAGUCCAGCCUUCUCCAGUUUGAAGGAGUUGAACAUGUGCAGUGAUGACAUGAACAGUGACAACAAGCUUCAUGAUGCAGGAGUUCAGCUCCUCACUAAUCCCAAAUGCAGCCUGAAGAAACUAUUAGUGGAUGUUCGUAUCUUUAUAAAGGAGACUCCAGCACCAGCUUCCACUAGCUGCUCACAGUCCUCAGAUGCUGCAGAUCUGCACCUCAGAGACAAAACCCAGCAGGAUCCAGGAGUGGAGCUGCUCUCUGUGGACACUCCAAACAGGCAGAGAUGGAGCUGCCAUUCCUGUGCCCACAUCACAGACCCUGCACACUGGACUCUGGUGACCCCUUCCAUCUCCAUGGAGAACGGUUUGUGUGUGUACAACAUAAACUCCCCUGCAGGGAGCCAUGAGUGCUCAGAGUCUGGUCUGCGCUGGGCGUGUGCUGGUCCAGUUGCCCUCCAGUACCACUUCAGCAAGGACGAGCUGUUCUGGGCCCAGCUGCAGAUGUUAGGGUACCAACCUGCCGGUCCUCUGAUGGACAUCAAGCUUCUGUCAGGCGAACUGGAAGAGGUACAUCUGCCCCACUCCCUCUGCCUGGGUGGUUCUGACCCGUCUGUGCUGGGAGGUGCAGUCAGGUCCCUGCACAGUGAUGACAGUGACAGUGGCGUUUCCCUGGAGACGUGUGAGCUGAGUCGUUUCCACGGCAAGCUCCUGGGGAGGCGGUUCUCUCUCUGGCAGCUGGUGGUAAAUCUGGGCAUCCCAGUAAAAACCCACUGCGAGGUCCUGAUUUACCAGUCCUCCCCCCAGCCACUGAUCCUCAACGCCUUCCUGGUGCCCGUGCCCUCCACAGCCAGGCAGGUGGUGGAGGAGAGGUGGAAGAGCCGGGGUGCCCUCAGCAUCUGCAAGCCAUCCCCCGAUGACUCCCUUUGGGUCAGUUCCAGAUUCCAGCUCUGGACCUCCUGCUCCUCGGUGAUCACUCCCUCGGCGAUGACCCUCAGCUACAACACCUCCCCAACCUUCUUCGAGGUGUGCCUGGAGAACCCACCAAAGAACUUCAACAUGGAGCUUAGACCCACUGAGGGGAAGCAGUCUGUUUGGACAGCUGUCAUGUGGCAGGGAGCUGACUACCUCCAAACUCGAAACCACGCAGACCUGACAGAGCCUUCUGACGCACACACAGGUCUGAGGAGGAGUCAGAAUGUGGCGUCUUCAGUAUAUCUUAACCAAGUCCAGAGAGACAUGAACAUUGCAACAAAUACUCAAGAGGCAGCAGUGUUUGUGGACAGGCACAGAGCUGAGCUUAUUGGCAGGGUGUAUAACGUGAUGCCCAUUGCAGAUGCGCUGCUCUCCAAGGGACUGGUCCACCCUGAGAAGUAUUCAGAGAUCAGAGCAGCUGCCACCAGUGAGACAAAGAUGCGAGAGAUCUAUGAGUGUCUGCGCUCAGCUGGAGCUGGGGCGAAAGCAGCGUUCUAUGGAGUUCUACUGCAGGAGGAGCCGCACCUGCUCCAAGACCUGAGUACACCUGCAUUGUAGAUUAGAUUAAACCUGCAUGUUAACCUGACCACAUCUGCUGUAAAAACUGAAUAAAGUCAUUGAGGACAGAGGGGAACAUCA